AUGUCGUCCAGCACCUCCUCAUCACCGCCUUCGGCUCGACGCCCUUUGGUGGGAGUAUCGUUCAAGAUGUACUUCGACAUUCCUCGAACCCGCUCUUACAUGUCCUCCACUCUUUCCCUCCUCGGUGCAUGCCUCGACACUCUCUCGCAACCAGUCGACAUUUUCGUCAUUCCGGAUUUCAUCACUCUCACCUCGGUCUCUUCCCAAAUUGCAGCCUCCUCGAUGCCUCUCCAUCUUGGAGCACAAGACGUACACUCCGAAGAUGCCGGAGCGUUCACGGGCGAAGUUUCCCCUCUUGUCCUAUCGCAAGCCGGCGUUCGCUUUGUCGAGAUUGGUCAUGCUGAACGAAGGCGCUACUUUGGAGAAACAGAUGAGGAUGUAGCAAACAAAGCGGCUGCUAUUUCCCGCAACAAUAUGAUACCCUUGAUUUGUAUCGGAGAGCUCUCAAAACCGAGCAAUAUCGCAGAUCUGUCUAUUUCAGAUGUCAAUUCCGUGGUAGAGGAAUGUUGGAGGCAAGUCAAACCAGCUCUCGAGAGGGUCGAGGCGGAGAAGGAGGUCGUCUUGGCUUAUGAACCGGUUUGGGCGAUCGGUAGAAGCGAGCCUGCAAGUCCCGAAUAUGUGGUCAAGAUUACCAAAGCUUUGAGGAGAAGGUAUAUCAACGAAUACGUCCACAGUGGCAAAGCGAGGAAAGAUCAAGGCUUGAGGAUUCUCUACGGUGGUAGUGCAGGGCCGGGCCUGUUUGACAAGAUUAAGGAGGGGGUCGAUGGCUUGUUCUUGGGAAGGUUUGCGCAUAAACCGGAAGCCUUUAUUGAUACGAUCCGGCAAGUUGCUCGGACCAAGUAA